UUUUUUCAGCCUCAGAACCAGAGCCUGAUUUCUCUCUGUUCAUUGGAAAUCAGAAGAAAAAGAUCAUAGCUAGCACUCCAAUGUCUCAAGGCAGGGCUGGUGCUAGUUAGGUGUUUAACACAUGUUCAGAUUAAAAGUCAUUGAGCAUUCACAGCCAUUCAAUACCCCUUCUGCGUUUCAUCCAUUGAUCUUACGCUUUCAUUUUGCGGCAGAUCCCUCAGUCCUGGCUGUUAGUUCCUAUGGACAAGAUGAGGCGAGCUGCACCUAUAUCUCCCUCUGGAUCAUCCCAGGAAUACCAGAGCAUCGGUCUUACUCACCUCGAAGACCAGCCCAACAUUGCCCCAUCACCUGCCAGUACCACCUUCGGCAGAGAGCGCUCAUACCUGUCGCCCCGGUCUGAAGUUGAUUCUCCUCGAAUUGGCUUACAAUUUAGUACUCAUCCGUAUGAUCCACUCAGCCCUAAUUUGCACGACUCGUUUGCCUCGGGCGGCGGAGAACACAGCCAGGUGGACUUGCUAGCCGCUGAUCGAGCACAUAACUUGUCCGCUGGAUUGGGUGUCUACCAGCCCAGUAUACGAACGCAACCUCCAAAAGACCCAUCGUGGUUGAGGCUUGUGAGAAAUAAGUGGUGCAUGGUGGUAUGCCUCGUUUUUGGGGCUGCAGCGGCCAUCGGUCAUCAUAUUCUCUAUACUCACCUCCACAAUCGCAUAGCUACAAACCAGCAAUGGUGGCUCCGACUGGGUCAAUUCCUAGCCUUUACUGCAAAAGCUAGCUUAGUGGUUGCUGUAUUAGCAGCUCACCAGCAAGUCGCCUGGAGAGCUGUUAGCAGAAAAAGCUAUACAGUCCAUGCUAUUGACUCUCUUUUCGGCGCGGCUCACAAUGCAUUUGAGCUCUUUAAUAGAGAGGCGUGGAAGAAGUCGUCCUUUGCUAUGAUCCUUGCCAUAUACAUUUGGCUAUCACCUAUCGUGGUCAUCUUUACUUCGGCAACACUCAACGUGGUAACUGACACGAGAGGCGAACAGUCAAACUGCACAUCUGUCAGAACACUCAACUUUAGCAAUGACGCUAAGAAAAGCUGGGACGAUGAUAAACGAGCUGCGAAUGAGACCAUGCGCGGAAUCUCCAUCUCGAUGUUUAACGAGGUGAUGGCAGACAGGAAGUCCCCUUAUCAUUUCGAUUACUGGCUCAAGGCUGCUCCACCGCUGGAUUCCAUCGCUUCCAGGGUCUUGGCUGGAGGUCAGCCGAUUCAGAGAGACGACGUAGCUAUGGAGAUCUGUGGAGAAGGAUGGGACUGCUCUACGACCAUCCACUUUCUAGGGCCUGGGUACAAGUGCGAGCAGCUCGCCCAAGGUGCCAACUCGACAAUGAGCAGCUUCAAAAAUUACACUACUCCCUUCAACCUAACGGUUAUGAUACCCGCCGGAAACGCCAGCUUUUACAGCAUUUCAGACUUGGGUGAAUACAAGACUAGUCAGAUUACAGUCGACGAGAACAACAAACCAGUGCAAAAGCCUCCGUUCCCGAAGAACCUAGGUGCCCUCAGGACAGAGCCAGUACUCUGGAUGGGUUAUGUUGAGGUGGAUGAUAUAGACGCCAAGCAUGCGAAGAACCGCAGCAUGGAGGGCUGGAAUGAAGAUUAUACACCUGUUAUUACUGCUUGUGAGCAUUGGGAAACUAACUAUACCGUCAAUCUGAAUUAUACAGGUGGCCGCCAAUCAUACGAAGUUAGUAAUCGAGACUAUAUUCAAAAGGUUAUCAACACAACAUACGUUAACGAGUCUGCCAAUGAUGGAACUCUCGACCCCAUACUCGCCGAGCCCGUGGAGAACUACGUCUUCCCCGAGGACUGGCAAUACUACCGCAAAAUAGCAGCGUAUCACUCCCUAGGCAAGAAACUCCGCGAUCUUCUCCAAGGAUCCAUUCAGCUACCAGGACCAAUUGCACAUUCAGAAAUCACAACUUCAAAGCUGGUCGCCCGUCCCGAGACUUUACCAGUUCCCGAGUUUGAGAACGCAGUGCAAAAGCUCUAUGAAGAUUUGCUUAUAUCUCUUCUCUCAGACCCGUUGCUUCUUGCUGUGGCAUGGGCUUCACACCCCAACGAGCUCUCAGGCAGGGGUCCAGGUGGGCCCAAUACGAAUUACCCAUGUAUUCGUAUGCGCACAGGCAGUUACUUCUUGUACAAUCAUCAGGUCCUUAUAGGGGUGUAUGGGGCGUCGUUUAUUGUCGGAGUGGUGGGUGUAGUAUAUGGACUUAUAGUUAUGUGGCAGGAUGGAGUGAACGAGCUCCGCGAGAUGACCUUCUCGUCAAUUGCCAAAACGACGAAGGGCAUAGAUCUCGACCUGAAUGAGGAUGGAAAAAGGAGAAUACGAGCAGUAGAGGAGCGUCCGGGGAGUGGUAUUUUUGAGUUUAGAGUGGAGGAUUAUGACCGAUGGGAUAGCAAGACGCCACAAGUUAGAGAGAGAUUUAGUCCUUGAAUCAGGGAAUGAAUAGAUUUCAUAAUUAUUUUUC